AUGGCAAUAAUGAGCAGGAUUCCAAUUUUUUUAGUAUUUUAUAUCAUCGCCUUUUUCAACAUUAAACUUACACAUCAGGUUGAAGGAGGUAACUCUUUUCUGAUAAUACCAACUUUAACUAUAUUUUAUUUUACUAAUAAUUACAAUGUUUAUUGUCAAAAGGCUCGCUUUUUCGUUGAUGGAAGGAAUCCUUUGGACCUCGUUAAGUGUCCUGCCAACUCAACAUUAUAUUACCUCCAGGCCUACGCAGUUUGCAAGACCGAUGUGAAUAACAUUAAUGACCAAACUAAGGUGUGGUUCGUUCCCGAGCACGGCAAUGCUGACAAAAGGGCCGGUCAAGAUACUGUUGAAAAUUGCAAAGCUUCACAAAAUUCUCUGAUAAAGGCCUACUACGAUUACUGUGAGAGCGUGUUCAACGAGAAUAAAAAGUGCACAUUAGCCAUUAACAAGGAAAAUUCCGAUAGUGAUCGCUUCAGAACCGAAGAUGGUCUUGAUUGUGCUAAUCAGGGGAAAUCUAUCUUCAAUGGUGUUCUUUUCUGCAUCCAAACCGAUGGUUCUGCUGUUAAAGAGAAUGAAGAAGUAACAUUGGUUGGCUUUAAGGGUGUUCCUUUGGAGCCAGCUUGUCCUGAGGAUCGCAAAAUCCAGACCUUGACCGCCUUUACCUAUGGACCAAAGUUGACAAAUAAGGGUUUCGUUGACUCGUUUUUGGGAGAAGCCAGGAACAAAUGUGACGGAAACGAGCACUGCUCUCUUGAUUUUGAAGAUACUGGUCGUUUCUUUAGAUACAGAAUCUACACCUACAAAUGUGUUCAAUAA